AUGUCCGAACGCGUUCCAACUGAGUAUGAACCUCAGGAACAAAACCUGAUCGCACCACAGGCUCACCGCGCCGGUGUCAUAAAGGUUGAAUCGGCGACGAUGGCCUCCGGAGACCACGGCGACAUGGCCCAGGCGCCAUCGUACCCGUCCCCGAACGCGACCCAAGUCGGCCAGAACGCCGCGUCUUACUACACCAACCAACGCCAAUUGACUGCAGACGAGCUACAUCUCACCGCGGAAUUGUCUCGCGAGGUAUCGUCGACAAACAUAAAUGAAAAUCCUGCCAAUGGUAUUGGGCAGCCUCAGCCAAUGGUGCUAGGGUCACCAAACCCCAAUCCUUCCGCCGUCAACCGCGGCGAUUCCGCGGACCAGCAAACCCAGCACCAACAGCACCUGGUCCAGUUCACCCCCAGUCAACAGACUGGAGUCGAUCCGAACCACGAUCUCAGCUAUGGCGAUCAAAGCGCAAGGCGAAAGCGCACCAAGGUCUCUCGCGCCUGCGAUGAAUGCCGACGUAAGAAAGUCCGGUGUGAUGCCACAUCAGAAGCUGGUGUAGAUAUGUGCUCAAACUGUCGCCGAACAAACUCAACUUGUGAGUUCAGUAGGGUGCCGAUGAAAAGAGGUCCAAGUAAAGGGUACAUCAAAGAACUGGCUGACCGCAUCAACACUCUGGAGAGCCAGAUGCAACCCGGCAUCGGUAGCCAGCCUGAUGUACAUUAUCAGGCUCUAAAUGAAGAAGGAUCGCCAACUGUGCGGGGUUAUCAGGAGUUCUCUCCAACCGUGGAUAGUAAUCUUCUUCCGAGGAAGCGUACCUAUUCUAUGACAGAGGCUGUCCCUACUAUGAUGGGCUUGCCGGUGAAUCAGGGACCACGUCAGCCAUCGGUUGGUGGCUGGCCAGCGCAGCCACAAGGUAAGGACGUGCAUCCUGAUGCCAUCGCGGGCCUAGAAGUAUAUGCCCCCCACAACGGAGCUGCUAGGGUUGCACAACCCUUCUGGGCUCAUGGACAGGUUGCAACAGGCCUUGAGCCUGCGGAGGAGGUGACACCUAUUGAAAUAGACGAAAAAGUUCUUGAUGCUUAUUACAAUCACAUCCACCCAAUCUUUCCUAUACUACCAGCUUCCAGAGAUCGGCUUCGUAGUCGUCUCCGCCAGUCGAGCCGUCAGAUCCAAGAAGUUUUUCUUCACUCGUUGCUUGCUGUUACUGGAGCAGGCUCUUUCCGUGCUACAAACCAGUUCCAAGAGAUCCCGUCCUUUGAGAAGGCCCAGGACCGAUUGUACGAAUGGUUCCGGGGUGAUCCUUCCUCGCGUCCACUAGCCGCAAACUUUGUCCUUCUUCAUAGCAUCAUCCUCAUGAUCCUGGAAGCGGACCAACGUGGCCGACUGAACUUCCGUGGACAGAGCGGUAUCCCAAAGGGGACACUCGUGGAAGGGGCCGUUUCUCUCGGCUACUAUAUCGCCAAACCGCUGGGCCAGCUGGAUAUCAGCAACCAAGAGGACAAGGAUCUGGACUCGGAUGGCAACCUGGCUAGGCGCAACUGGAUCGUAAUCGGCAUAUUAGCUCGCUGGCAUAUGUUAAGCGCUGCUGGCCCUGAUUUUUUUGGUAACCAUGAAAUUGCGACACCCGAAGACAACAAUAUUGUUAAUCUGACAACGAUGCAGCUUGCCCGAUAUUCGACCCUUUUCGCCGAGCUCUACGAAACAUUCUCUGAAUCAUUUAAUAACCCCACUUGCGGUCUUUCUCGCGCGCUGAAGAGAGUCUUGACUGGCCAACUUACUCGGAUCAGGGAUAUUGAGCGCCUCGAUUUGGCCAACACUGACCCAUCCAUUGUCAAUACUCUCGAAAAUUUCUCUCCACUGAUCUAUUGGAGCAUUCAUCUACUUCUCAAGCGCCAUCUCUACGUCUACGUUCCCGCGGAGUUGAUCUAUCCAUCACAGGUGAUUGUUGAAAUCAUGAAGAAGCAGGCUGAGAACUCAACACCGAUAUCGUCACCAUUUCACUUCCAUUUCCUUGCCCUUGCCGUCAUCACUCUUUUGGAGCUCACGGAUAUACCUGAGCUUGUAAGUGACGUUCAAGAGAUUCUCGAGAAGGCACUGGGUGUAAUUUCCCUCCGUGAGAAGCAUGCCGCCACCGCAGGUGAAUUUGAGAAAAUAUUUGCGACCCAGAACUGGGAAAACACGAUCCAACUUUUCAUUGAAGCCAGAAUGAACCAAUUGCGACAACGGGCUGAAAAUCAACAGUCUACUGGCUCUCACCUGCCCCUCGGCGCAACAGAACAGCGCUCUCUGCAACACCUUGCUGAUAUGGCCGUUGGCGCUGGCGGUAAGCCUGGACUUGCUGGUUCACCUCCUGCGACAUCAGCAGGGAAUAUUCCACCUGAAAACAAAGAGGGGUCGCUGAGCACUGCACCGGCCCUUGAAGAACAAAAAGCUGAUUACCCGGUCUUUAUUGAUUUCACGGAAUUGACCAAGAAGGGCUACUUAAAUGUCUUGGCAGGAAUUUCUGCUUAAGUCCCCCGCAGCUUAGCGGAUACCAAAACCGGUUUCUUUUUUGCUCCUUCGUGAUAUGUCCUCAAAACUGUUAAUUUCCGAAAGCAGCAGCUUUUCUUCUCGUCGCGAGAAUACAGAUCUGCAGCAAACAGAAUGAGGAAUUGCGUAUUUAAGGAUGUUUAGCAGGGCGUUGUUUUUCAUUGGGAAAAGGAGCAGAGCAAUGGGUUCAUGGCAAUGGAAUAUUAGCCUGACUGGUGUUUGGAAGAGGAGGAUAUUUUGCAUCUUGUUUUACGUUGUUGCUAUUAUCAGCCGUUAUUCAGGAAGGCGUUGCAUUUCGGAACGUUUCAUUCCCGCCAGUCGAUCUUUUAUGUAUGUAUAGUACACCGCAAAAUUGACAAUUGUCCUUUUGGUUCCGUUA